AUGUCUCCCCCAGAGCAACAUGAAGCUCAAGCUGUCCACAGCGAGAGCAAGCCGUCAUCUUUAAAUGACGGCACAGACAGCAGCGAUCCUAACGAGCCUGUCAACAUUGGCGAUGCGAUUAGUGAAAAGAAAAGCGAGCGCUCAGACGGAAAGCGCGAGCUAAAGGAAGGAGAUUGUUAUGAAAUCUUGGGCUACUCGUGGCCACGAUGGAAGAAAUGGACCUAUCUCGCCGCGGUCGCGUUCGUUCAAGUCUCUAUGAACUUCAAUACCUCUGUGUAUCCCGCUGCUGUUAAACCUUUGGCUGAGCACUUCCACAUCAGCGAGCAACAUGCUCGGACAGGUCAGAUGGCUUACCUGGUGACAUACUCCAUUGGUUGUGAAUUGUGGGCUCCUUGGUCUGAGGAGUUUGGCCGCUGGCCAAUUCUCCAGCUCUCUAUGUUCUUGAUCAACAUCUGGCAACUCCCUGCUGCCCUUGCUCCUAAUUGGGGCUCGCUUGUUGUUGCUCGUGCAUUGGGUGGUUUAUCUACUGCUGGUGGAAGUGUCACUCUCGGUUUGAUUGCCGAUAUCUACGAACCCGAGACGCAGCAGUUCCCUCUUGCAUUCAUCGUUCUGUCCUCUUGUAUCGGUACUAGUAUUGGUGGAGUUAUUGGUGGACCAAUCGCACGUUUCCUUUCGUGGGAAUGGUUCUUCUGGAUUCAACUCAUCUUCGGUGGUGUUACCCAGAUCAUCAUUUUCUUCAUGCCUGAAAGUCGUUCGACCAUCAUCAUGGACAAGGAAGCCAAGCGCCGCCGCAAGACUGGAGAAGACCCAAACAUCUACGGACCCAAUGAGUUGAAGACCCCCCGUAUCUCUCUCAAAGAAGCCGGCAAGAUUUGGGCGCGACCAUUCUACAUGCUUCUGCGUGAGCCCAUCGUGUUAUGUUUGUCUCUUCUGUCCGGUUUCUCCGAUGCUUUGAUCUUCACCUUCUUGGAGAGCUUCGCCAUCGUGUACGAGCAAGGAUGGGGCUUCGGAACCCUUGGCCAGGCUUGGGCAAUUAUUCCCAUCAAUGCCGCCUAUUUCAUCGCUUACUUCAGCUACUUCCCGUGGUUUUUCAGAGACCAAAAGCUUCGCCUCAGACACGGCGACGCAGCUAUUCCACCAGAGCGUCGCCUCAAGUGGCUGUUGUUCCUUGCGCCCCUCGAACCAAUCGGUCUGUUCGGCUUUGCUUGGACAUCGUUCGGUAAUUCGCGCAACGUUCACUGGAUUGGAUCAAUGAUUUUCUCCGGUUGUGUCGGUAUUGCCAACUACGCGAUCUACCUCUCCUCGGUUGACUACAUGGUCGCAUCGUAUGGUGUUUACUCCGCUUCUGCGACUGGUGGUAACGCAUUCGCUCGUGAUCUUCUUGCCGGUAUUUCGGCCAUGUAUGCCACCCCCAUGUACACGAAUAUUGGCAACAAGUGGCAUGUUGAGUAUGCAAGCACUAUUUUGGCUUGUCUCUCCUGCCUUGUUGUAACUCCUAUCUACGUCUUCUACUGGAAGGGACCUCAGCUCCGUGCGAAAAGCAAAUUCGCUGCUACCCUGGCUGCCGACAGAGAGCAAAACAAUGGCCGUCGUGUCAGCAAGAUCAGCAUCGAGCCCUGA